UUAUUGUGGCACGCUCCUUCCUCUUGCUUUCCUUGCUAGCAGGUCCAUUUAGUUAGCUAGCGAAACAGGCUCUUUAACCCCGUAGGGGAACUGUUAUGAAUCAUUUGACCAGUGUAGUAUAAUAGAUUUUUUUGAUUUUCAUAAUCUUGUUAGUAAUUGAUAUUGGAAAAUGAACAUACGAAACGCACGGCCGGAGGACCUAAUGAACAUGCAGCACUGUAACCUGCUGUGUCUUCCAGAAAAUUAUCAGAUGAAAUACUACUUCUAUCACGGCUUGUCAUGGCCACAGCUCUCAUAUAUAGCAGAGGAUGAAAAUGGGAAAAUUGUGGGAUAUGUGCUCGCAAAGAUGGAGGAGGACCCAGAUGAUGUACCUCAUGGACACAUAACAUCCCUGGCAGUAAAGCGGUCCCACCGACGUCUGGGACUGGCUCAGAAGCUGAUGGAUCAAGCCAGUCGGGCCAUGAUAGAAAACUUCAAUGCUAAAUAUGUCUCACUUCAUGUUCGCAAGAGCAACCGAGCUGCCCUGCACCUGUACUCAAACACACUUAAAUUCCAGAUUAGUGAAGUAGAGCCCAAAUACUACGCAGAUGGGGAGGAUGCCUACGCCAUGAAAAGAGACCUGGCCCACAUGGCUGAUGAGGGUCCCCUGGUCAUCUCACAGCUGAGGAAACCCGGAGCACGCGUGCCGGGUCAAGAGGCACAAUCUGGCCAAAGUCCGUCGGGGUCCGGUGACCAUGAGAGAGAAAGCGAGAGAGACAGCGGAGGAGAGAGCAAAGAGCUGAGCGAAGUCAGCGAGGCAACAGAAAGCACAGAUGUUAAAGAUUCCUCUUCUGAUUCACAGUGACGCUGCAGCUUUAGACAUUUUUAAAAUCAUCCCUUGCAUCCAGUUUUUAUCUAUUUGCCAUCUCCCCUGACCUUACACACUGAUUAUCUCGGCACCAAAAAUGCUCCAACAUUUACGUCACUUUUUUAUUUUUGGUAAUUCUGUUUUUUUUUUU